ACUCCGGUUCACUUGACGUGUAUUGUAGCUUACCUCCAUGCUGCCUCCCCCUCUGCUACCACAAACCACAAUGGCCAGGCUGGUGUGAGGAGCUGCCUCUUACUGUCAUCACACAGAGACAGACAGGGGAACAGACGGGCCUCUACAGCAGCAGUAAGAGUACAGCGAGGAUUUUACAGGACGCACUCGGAGGAAUAUGGCACCCCUGUGAGAAAAAAAAAGGUAAGUAAAUGACCUGAAAAUGGCGAUGCUCUGUGCGUUACACCGGCUGUAUCUCUGCCAAAAGCCGGAGCCACAUCCCCUCACUGGAAUCACUGAUGAAGUUCAAUGCUGCCGUCGUGGAAAAAAUGGUUUCCCUUAUCAUUGGGCGGAUGGAGAUGUUAGUCCUGCCAGUCUAUUAUUGCGUAAAGGUUAGCCCAACCUUGUGGAAGUAAUUUUUAUUCAGGCACUGCUCAAGUUGCUGCAAAAAGAUGUACUAUUCGGGUUAAAAGUGGCUUAUAUCCUGCUGUGGUUAUUGCUGUUGAGGAUAUGGUUGAAAUGAGAUCUACUGUAAGCCGUAAUGAAGAGAGACAUUGCGUUAUUGUCCUUUCUCUCACAGAUAAUGGAUCCUACAAAAUAAAAGCGCGUUUAAACCGAGCUGCUGUUUCAGGUUGGUGCCGUGCGUCACCAUCACCACCAGUGCGCACAGCUGUAUGAUGUGUUACCGUGAGUGAAGCCUCUCCUCUUCACGUGCCUCCUCUCCCACCGGAGCUCAGAGUCAUGAUGCUGCAGUGAAACCGUGCAGCACAUUUAUUAUUGAGCAGUGCUGAAAGGUCCUGAGCAGAGAGGUGUAAGGACACUGUAGAUGAAUGAGUCACUCCCUGGGAGCAUACUCUGAUCAAAGACAGUGGUCUUGGCCGUGCUUUUGUCAUUGUCUGCUUUUAUAUCAUGUCUUGCUGGAGGGAGUGUAUGUCACAAGUGUAAUGGGAAGUGAGGCUUACUUUAGGGGGCUACUGAGAACCCCUAUGAGCUUGGAUAGUAAAGUGUAAAGCAUAAUGAGUGGAGAGGGGUGUGUUUACUGACAUUUAUGUACCUUUUUAGUGAAUGGAAGGAAGAAACAAAAAAGAGCAAAGAUGAAAUACAAUCAGUUGGAUGAGUUGAAGGCUCUGUUAUAGAGACACCUUUGGAUUGGAGGCACACAAGUAAUACACAUCUGGACUACACAGACAUUAUGGAUUAAAAAUGUUCAAUUUUACUCUGUUUUAGCUUCUACAAAUAGUUGUCUAUUUUUAUGUUUUUUGAUCAGUUCAACUGAACUCAUCAGCUUAAUAUUUAACAGUUACAUUUAAUGAAAUCAAAAGAUUUUAUCUUAAAAAGGUUCCUCCUGUUCACCUGUCCUGUCAACUGUGUUACAAGUGUUUUUUUCAUAGACUGUAUAUACUAUGGACAACUUGAUUCCGCCUUCUGCCAGUAUACAGAUUUGAAGCCAAAAAGCUCUCGGUAAUUCCGCGUUUUAUCUCCAUUUCCUGAAACCAACAUUGCGCAGUAGCGUUGUGCGCAUUUGGCGGGAGAGUCGCCCAGAGUCGCUGUGAUGACACUCGGCUCAAGAUGGGGGAUAUCUCUGGAGCGGGAAGUCUUAUAUAAGAAUGGUGAAUAACUCUAAAUUCAAUGUAAUGUGAAUUUAUGUUGAAAAAGGUUGCAUUCUACAUCAUAGUAUCCCAUAACAUCACCAUUGUAAAGCUCAAAAUUCACAUUUUCAUAUCAAUUGGACAGAAAAACUCAGAACACCAGGUGUAUAGACUCAAACACUUUCAAACAAAUGUACUAUCAAAUCUGAAUUAUUUUUUAUAUGUUUUAUAUGACACAACAUUUGUCUGUAACACAGUUGACAAAAUGAUAAAUCAAAUGUUCAUUCAUACAAAUAAUAUAAAAGUCAUUUGAGCUUAAGCUUGCCAUUGAUUUAGCACAUUAAGGGUGUAUAUUAUAUAAACAUCUAGUUUAUUUAUCAAAAUAAGAACACUGAUAUUUUGAGUUUUUGGCCGACUUGAAAUGUACCCCUAAUUGUUGAAUAAGUCAUAAACGCUUUGCUCUUACAACAGGAAUGCACUGUGGUAUUUCUCCCACCUUAGUCUCCCUCUACUGUACUUUUUUUUUUGUUCCACAUGAGAGGAUAAGACCUGGUCUAAGUUUGCAUUCCAGAGAACUAUGUCAGGUCUUAACUUUCUCCUUUUACUGCAGGGUGUGUGUGUGUGUGUGUGUGUGUGUGUGUGUGUGUGUGUGUGUGUGUGUGUGUGUGUGUGUGUGUGUGUGUGUGUGUGUGUGUGUGUGUGUGUGCUGCAGAGUGGGAGUGGCUGAGACUCCUUCCAUCCAGUCACUCAGAGGUCACAGGUUUGCUCUCCGCACAUGUCAAACAAAAUCCUUCUAACAAAGAAUCAAAGGUGAGCGUGACAAUUAUGGGACAAUACAGGUGAGAGGAGGCCAGUUCCAGGUUUCAUCACUUAUCCUGGAGGUGAGGGCUGUAAAAUCAGGAAAACGUCUGAGUCUUUGGCUCUGUUGAAGUGAUUAUAGUCUGUCAACAAUGUUAGCUCAUAUCACAUUAAUCAGCAGCUGUUGGUCUGGGUUAUUUGGGGUUCACAGAGGGAUUGGUCAGUGUUAUCACAGUAAAAAAAAAACUGUCUGUGUCUCCUGUCCCUUAAUUUGAUUUUAGAGGUCUUAUGCAGAUUAAUAGACUGCAUGCAUUUGUCUGUCUACUUGUGGUUUUUUCCCUACUUUCAUAUAUCUGAUUCAAAGAAAUACUAGUUUUGUCUAAAGUCCAUCAGGUUGUUUGAAGACAAAAAAAUGAUCAUCCCAAAUAGGUAUCACUUUAGUGUUGGCAUUUAUUUUGAAAGAACCUGCAGACUUUAGCGGUUUGAGGCUUUCCAAUGUGACUUUUUGCUGUUUUUCCCUGAUCCUCUGCAGCUGUCUACUGUGUAGAACAAACAACAAAAACAAAAAGAGAAAAUAAUCUGAUCGACCAAAAAAGAAACACAUUUAAUAUCAGUUCCUUUAGUUUCUAGAUCAUUUUAAACCAACAUUGAAGUAAAUGAACUAACCCAGCACACUGCCAGCUGCUGCAUCUGGCAGAUUAUGGCAUGAUGCCACCAGAGCAGGAUGCACAUAAAGGGAGGACAGCAUGAGGGUUGAUGGGUGUGAGCAAGGGCACAGAUGCCAUGGUGACCAGGCCCUGGCUGGUGCUCAUUAUAAGCUAUGAGAACUGUCCUGUGUCAUUUAGGAUGGCAACCAUGGACUGUAUAGUAAUAUAGGACUCAGAAGAGUUUUAUCCAUAGACUGUAUAUAGAAUGGAUGCCCUCUGUGUCCUUGCUGGGUGAAGCCACUCUGAGAACAGCACACUCUAGUGACGGGCUGCAUAGGUCAUAAAUCCCGCCUCCGCCAGCAAAGCUUAUGGGGCUGUGGACAAACUUUGGAAAUGAAUUACACAGAAUAUAAAUCUUUCUCCCCCGUUUGCGAUGUUGACAUGUAGUUACUGUAAGACUGGUUUGUGCUCAAGUCCUCUUUUUUCUGUGAAGCUCAGUUUUUAAAAGUUAUUAGAGGGUUCAUGUUCUCUAUGAUUGACACUUGAUACAGCCUAUGGGCGUAUGAAGAUUGCAUAGCUCACCCGGGGGAUACGCUGAGCAGAGCGUCAUCACAGCCACUCUGGGCGACUCUCCCACUGAAUGCGCACAACGCUACUGCGCAGUGAUGGUUUCAAGAAGUGGAGAAAAAACACUGAAUUAUCGAGAGCUUUUUGGCUUCAAGUUAGUAUACCGGCUGGGAAGCGGAACCAAGUUGUCCAUAGUAUAUACUAGGGCUGCAGCUAUCGAUUAUUUUAGUAAUCGAGUACUCUAUCGAUUAAUCUGUCGAUUAAUCGAGUAAUCGGAUAAGAAAUGUUUUGCUCUCACUGUAAUACUUUGCAUUGAAUCACGUUUGCCUCAUUAAAAACCAUCAGUAACACACAAAACUGAAAUAGGCCAGGUCUUUCAAAUGAAUAUUUUUACUGCAUAAAUCAGGAACCAAAAGUUUUACAUUUUACCAUGUAGUUCACAUGAAACUACUGAAGGCAAGGUCUGCAGAUGGUCUUUUAAUUGCUAUGGUAAUGAUCUUUGCAGUUUUCACUAAACCAGUCACAACUAUUUCCAGGCUUUGGAUCUAAUUUUACUUGUUUAAUUAAUAGGCUGAAAUAAUAUAAUUCUUGGAUACUGACAUAAUUUGACAAGCAAAUGUACAUUUAUUCAAUAUAUAAAAGUGUUACAUUUUUAUUUACAUGUUGUUGUGUGUUGGUCAUUUUGCAGCCCUCUGCUGCUCAUCACACGCCUAGCAGGUGGUGUAUAGCAUUAUCACCAUGGAUACACGGAUGUUUGUGUGAUUUUUUUCAUCCACUGCCGCCCGGUUUGUGUCGUGUAGAUGUUGAUUAUGAAAACACUUCGCAAUAAUUUGGAAACGUGAAGGGGGAGCUGCUGCUGCCCGGUGUUUACGGUAAAUAGACGCAAACACCGACCAAGUGGACGCUUCGGUCUCCGAAAACGCCGAGACAAAUUUACAAACAGCCACUAUUUCAAACAACUGGGCUCAUAAUCGUGAUGUAAACACUUACUUUCUCGCUAGAAAAAAUAUUAUUAUUGAAUGAAUUUAUAUAAUUUGUCCGGUAUGCAGUCGUUCUAUGUAGCUUGUGGUAGGACUAUUUAAAUUUUCCCGGCGCUGCGUCCGGCCGGCACGAAAUGCAUUCUGGGGUAUUUAGUAUGUAUGUGUGUAAACGCUCAGGCAGCCGCGGCAUACUCAAAUCAGCUUUGAGUAGUCAGUAGGCAGUAGCUACUGCUUGAGUAGGUAAGUAGAUAGCAGGCAGUAUGCCAUUUCGGACACAGCAGCUGCGUCCGAAUUGCCAAGUAGUAGUCGAAGUAGUAGUCGAAGUAGUAUCGAGCAUGUCCGAAUUGGCCACCGGAGCGAGUAGCAUGCUACUUCAGAUACUACUUCAGAUGCUAGACACGCCCACAUUGUAGGUUGGUCUCGGUGCAUCCUACGGGCAUGCUACUGACCCAAAAUGCACCGCGGGCUUCUUCUUCGUCCUCUUAAAAGUUGUAGAAGCGCAUGUGAUGCUAGCGCCACCAGCUGCUGCCUAUUUAGAUGCGUCGCGAACGCCGGCUGGCCACAGCAGCGCGCACCAUGUCGGAGCAGCAGCAGCAGCAGGCGGGACCGCAGCAGUACAGAUGUAAGGUUCAUGUAACUUCACACACUGUCCUAAAAAAUGUGCGGUUGUAUCUCUUUGUCAUGUCAUGGUGUCAUAUUUUCCCAAGUAAUCAUUUUAUGAGCAAGUGGCGACAUCAUGGAGGUAAAGCUCACUUAUUCCAUCAUUAAACUGCACAGCUGCAGUACUACAGCCAGGCCCACAGAUGAAGGGCUUCAGUUACCAGUUGCUGCGUCCGAACUGCCCGCUCGGAUACUACAUGCUACUGCUACGUGCUACUGCUAGAUCCUACUCCUACAUACUAAAAACGUUGGCCCAAUUCGGACACACUAGACGAGCGGUGGGGAAAGACGACCCCCGCAGGCAGAGAGUAGGUACUGCGCCCGUGCAGACAGUGGUAACUGAAGCCCCUCAUCUGCGGGCCUGGCUGUAGUACUGCAGCUGUGCAGUUUAAUGAUGGAAUAAGUGAGCUUUACCUCCAUGAUGUCGCCACUUGCUCAUAAAAUGAUUACUUGGGCAAAUAUGACACCAUGACAUGACAAAGAGAUACAACCGCACAUUUUUUAGGACAGUGUGUGAAGUUACAUGAAACUUACAUCUGUACUGCUGCGGUCCCGCCUGCUGCUGCUGCUGCUGCUGCUCCGACAUGGUGCGCGCUGCUGUGGCCAGCCGGCGUUCGCGACACUUUUAAAUAGGCAGAGCAGCUGGUGGCGCUAGCAUCACAUGCGCCUCUACAACUUUUAAGAGGACGAAGAAGAAGCCCGCGGUGCAUUUUGGGUCAGUAGCAUGCCCGUAGGAUGCACUGAGACCAACCUACAAUGUGGGCGUGUCUAGCAUCUGAAGUAGUAUCUGAAGUAGCAUGCUACUCGCUCCGGUGGCCAAUUCGGACAUGCUAGAUACUACUUCGACUACUACUUCGACUACUACUUGGCAAUUCGGACGCAGCUACUGUCUGCACGGGCGCAGUACCUACUCUCUGCCUGCGGGGGUCGUCUUUCCCCACCGCUCGUCUAGUGUGUCCGAAUUGGGCCAACGUUUUUAGUAUGUAGGAGUAGGAUCUAGCAGUAGCACGUAGCAGUAGCAUGUAGUAUCCGAGCGGGCAGUUCGGACGCAGCAAGCUUCUGUCUGUCCUCGUUUCCCUCCAUGAUCGAACCAAACGCGCGGCAGCGGAAGGAGCGGAAAGAGCACGCUUCUGCGCAACAGAAAUAACCGUCCGUGUCAAACACCGUGCGCUGCACAUGGUUCCGGAUUUAAACGAUUCCUCGAGGCAUAUAAUUUGCCUCGAGGAAUUUUAUUAAUCGAGUUACUCGAGUAAUCGUUUCAGCCCUAGUAUAUACACUCUGUGGUUUUAUUUCUGAAGCCAAGCGUUUUGGAGCUCCCCCUACUGACUGACUGCAAAAUAGGUCAAAAACCCAGCCUCUAUUAUCCACUUAUAUAUUAAAUGAGUAUUUGUGGGGGGAGAAAGGGGGGGAAGGUUCAUUCUGGAACUCUGCUGAUCUUUUAGAAUCUUAAAUGAAGAGUUUAUGCUUCAGUCCAUCAGAAUAGCAUGGGGUUUCAUCCAAAAGAAGACGCUUAUAGCUACCCAAUGCUUUGGUGCUUUUGACUCAAAUAAAUGACUGCAGUGAUGAUUUUCUACAGAAAUGGAGGAUGUGUGCUACAAUCAAAUCACUACACUAAACCAUCUGAGAAGUGCGUUGUGGAAGGAUUUCAGUUGCUGCAAGAUAAAAGAUAAAAAUAGGGCUCAAUGUCAACUUUGUACAAAGCAGCUCUUACCCUGCAAUGACAAUAUAUCUAUGGGCUCACCUGUGAGGCAGCAGAGGAGGUAUAGCGCUGCUGAUUCUGCGCUGUCAGCAGGUAAUAUUCAAAUAAGAGCCGCACUCAGUCCUGAUCAAGUUACAGAAACAUAUUUUUUUUUUUUAAAUCCUUCAGCCCCCUACAGAAACAAGACAAAUUUGUUGCAUGAGUCCACUCCGUGCAUCUAAUGCAUCCAAAUCACCACAUGUGCCUCGCCAUGCAUAAUUACAGUAUCGCCAACUGUGCAGGAGCCCUCCACCCACUAAACAAACACCCUAAUGAGUGUUUGUUUUACAUUAGUGUCACUUUCUGCCCUUGUGAGUCUCUUCCCAGUGCAUUCAAGCAGAACGGUCUGCAGCCGAGUAUCCACGCUUCACUGGAGGAGCCCUUCCCUCCACGGAGUCUCUGUACCAGAGGAAUACUGGAUAUUUUGGGGGGGGCAGAGCCUCCCAUCUCUUAGGCACGUUGUUAUCCCCGCAUGCUUUAUUCAUAGUUACCCUCAGUUUGUAACCGAUAGUUUUUCUUACCCCUUGGCUGCGAUUUUCCACAUGGCCUGGUUCUCUGUGCCUCUUCAAGCUCGUCUCGUGGAUGAGUGGCCCCUCAGAGGGAGAGAUCAUCUUGGCCCACAUACCGCUACCACGCGCUCAGAGACCAGCACUCAGGGGGUUAAGGGCUUUUAUUUAAAUCACAGGGGUCAUUCAUUUAGCCGUGCGUGCGCUGGGUGUGAAGAGAGGCAAUUGUUUGUGCCCUCUCACUGUAGCACCCCCAGCCCCCACUCUAACGUAUUAGUGCAUCACACAAAUCAACUCGUAGCAGGGGUGAUUGAUCAUUACAUCUAGAUGGGGCCUCCAGCCUCCUGUUGUUGCCAUAGUAACAGUGGACGCUCCAGAUGUGAGUAUCAGAGAUGAGAUCGGAUCUGUUUAAAAUUGGAUGCUGCAGCUUUAAUACUCUGAGUAAUAUGUUUUAUUGAAAUAUUUAUUAAACCCGGCUAUAGCUACAACUCUGGUCAUGUCCAACAUGUGUUUGUUUUAGUAGCAUCAAUAAUUUAGCAGAAGAAGGGACCUGGCUUUAUCAUCAUUUUACAGCUUACAGGUCUGCAAAAUACAUUACAUUUAACUUCAGUCUCUGAUAUUAAAUAGUUUAGAUUUGGUGCAAUGUAUUGCAAUCUGUAAAAAGAAAAUGGCACUCUCUCUUUCUCAUACACAGCCUCCGAAAGACAAAAAUUGCCCCCCUCUGUGUCUUCUUCAUGGAAAUCUGCUUUAUUGCUUCUUUUUCAGCCAUCAUUUUCACACUCUAAUCUCCACACUGGUACACUGCUGAUGGAGCUAUUUUACUGUUUACAUGCACCAUCAGCUGCAGAGAUAGCAAAUAGCCUGUAAACGAAGGCAGAGAGAGAGUAAUCAGGGGUUAGUAAAAUGAGACUGGGUUGGGGAUGGUUGUCAGGACAACAGCCAGGAGACAGACAGGGCGUAGAUUGAGGGCUAAGUAACAGACAUGCAUGGUGAGGCAGUGAGGCAUCCUCAUGCAGGGUGCAGCAUAUAUUAAUGUCCAGGAAGUGGGUGAUACAGGAAGUCUGAAUUCAUAAUGACAUGAAGGAAUAACAAGAUGGAAAGAAGCCCAGAAAAUAAGAGACUGUUGUCUUACAUAAAAGAGUGAUAUUUAGUUAUAAAGCUCCUGUGGGGAACAUUUAGUUUGUGUCAGUUUUGGCGGCCCCUAUGGACAAAGCAGUCUUUUUAAUAUCAUCCUUUAUGCUCAAGCAGCACUUCUGACCAAAAAAAAAAAGAUAUGCUAACUUUUGGCUGUCAAAUUAAUCAAUUAAUGUGAAAAUGUUUCUUUACCUAUUAAACUGACACCUACCCUCCCACACUGGCUUCAGGCAAUAUGAGUUACACUGUAAAAUUGUCAGUCUUGUUACUAAUAGGCUAAUUUGCAUUUGUACAUUAUAAAAAGGCUUCAAUAUAGAUCGCAGUCUAUUUCAUAAGCGUAAAAAAUCCUCACAGGAGCUUUAAAUGCUGUUACAGAAGAGAUUACAGUAGAUUUCUGUUUUCUUUUAUUUACAGUGUGGCUGUCAUGGCAGUAGCACUCAAAUAGAGUUUAAAAUGUGUUAAAUACAACCCAAUAUAAUUCAAUAGUAGAAAGAGGGAGAUUAAGUUGCUUAGGUUUUGAGGAAGUACUUAUUAUGUAGCUUUAAAUGUGACAUUUUCAUAUCUUACAAUGGAGCCAGUUGGAGCACAGUUUUUUCUUGGGUCUUCUAUGGUAUGGUUUUAAAACUCAUACAAAAUAAUUUUGUCCAUUCACCCUUCAGGUAACUUUGUAGUCUCUGGGGAUGCAUUAUUUUUUUUACAAGACAAACUUUGCCAGAAAGGCAGCACUGUGUGUGACACAGUUUAAUAGCCUUAAGGGAGAGCUGUGCCAGUGAAACUAACAACUUUCAUAAAUUGUGUUUUCAAUGAAGGGCUUUAGCUUCUGUUUUUACAGUGUUUCCAAAUAAAGUUGAUCUUGUAAAUAUUCAAGUACAGAGUGCUGAAUUUUGCCAAGUCUGAAUCAGACUUAAUUUUGCUUCUUACAGCAAUUUUACAAGGGUAGACAUAAAUAAACAUUCCAGGUCCACACAUUCAAAAUGAUCAUGUUUUUGCUCUUACAGUUAUGGUGCCUUAAUUGUAGCUCUUUAUUUUUAACAGUGGGUUAUUUUUCCUAUUUUGAAAUGCAGUGUACAAACUGCCUGGUAAACUGUGCAGAGUAUUUUUUGCAUUCUUUGUCAGACACUGUUUGCAGGAUUUUGUUCAAGUCUCACUUAUCUUUUAUGUCUCCAUCUUUCAGGUCAAUGUGGCUACUAAAGCAGCUCUCUGGACUAGUCGUUAGUGGUCGUGGAUUCCUGAGGUCUGUCUCUAUAGCAACCCUUUCCUCCUGAGUGCUGCUGCCAACUUUCUCUCCCCGCCACAAGCCAAAUCUCUCCUCAUCCCCCUCCGGCCAAUCGCUGCCUCUGAACUGCGCUGGAAUGGACACAGAGUCGACCCACUCGGGCUACUCAUAUCACUCGAGCCGCUCCGGGAGAUCAAACCGACAUGGGUAUGUUUGCUGUCUGUGUGCCUCUCCACCUGACUGUCUGCCUUUCUGCUCUGUCUGCCUUUCUCUUCAAUCACACGACGGCUAUGGGAGUAGAUAGAUAUAGGACACAGAUUUUGCCGUGUUUGUGGCAAACAUGCCGAUCGCAGACAAAUAUAUGAAAAAAGAAUCCUGGAGAGCGACAGAGAGAGAUUGACACAGACUGAGCUCAUGGAUUAGGGUUGUCACAGUCGAUUGGCUUUAACCCAUUUCAAUCAGUUCAUUCUGUAAGUGAGAGAUUACCAUCCUGUCAUUUCCUCACCCCCUGUGUUAGUAUACUGGAAGAUGAAUUCUCCUUUUCCUCAGGGCUGAAACUAACAAUUUACUCUAAGUAUUGCAUAGUCCACCUAUUGGUGCUGAUUAAUUGAUCAAUCAUUUGGCCUAUUAAGUGUUAGCGUCAUUGUAGAUUCAGUGGUUUCUUCUUUAAAUUUCUUGUUUACUCAGAAAAAUUGUUCAACUCAAAGAUGUUCACAUUUUUAAAGCUAAUGUGGGAAAUUUUUGUUCAAAGAGAAAUAAAAAAAAAAGGCAAAUGAAUGGUUUUUAGGUUAACUAAUCCAUAAAUUAUUAUGUUGACUGUUUUGUUCACAGUGAAUUUUGGUUUGAAUGCCCAUAAACUAGCUAGAUAGAAUUUGAUAGAGUUUAUAAUUGAAAUGUUCAGCUUGUUCAUGAUUUUCUCACCAAAAACUACUUGGGUAGAUAUUCGGAUGUAUUCGGAUGUUUGUCUUUUGGUCAUUUAUUAAACGAAAGUGUUAAAAUUCUGUGAAUUAUCCAGUGUUAAAGUUCAAUUUUAAAGUUAUCCCUUUAAUGCCUGAAACCACAAAUUAUGGCCAGAAAAUUCAAAAUUUUUUGGAGCUGAAAUGUCUGACUUACUACUGAAAACCAAAAGAAUCAAAAUGUCCUUAAAAUUUAACAAAUAUAUUUAUUUAUCUCAUUUGAUACAUUAGUAAUUUGUUGAUCAUAUUGAUUUGAUAGAAGUAUAUAAAAGUAUGUAUCAAAUAUGAUACAAAAGGCAUUAAAGGGUUAAACCUAUUUGGCUGGUUGUGGGGCGCAUAAUCAAGUCACUCAAAUUUUAGUUCAAAGAUGAAUUCAUGAGUUAGGGAGAAAGUGUCUCAAAGAAUAAAGUAUAAGUUUAUAACCACAUCAGUCUGUUUUUGUGUGAUCUUGUCUCUUAAGUUUAUUGUGUUUUUAUUCAAGGGAACGAAGCCGUGAGCGUCACAAAGCCAGCAGUAAAGACAGCGUCCGAUCAGAGAGGUCUGUCGUCAUCAACCCCCCUGACUCGCCCUCCCAGGAAUCCCCUGUUCACAAUGGAGAGCCACUGCCAGGAGACCCUUCACCUGCAGGAGAGCAUGGAGAUGAAGUGCAGGUAUUUAAAAAACACAAAACUGCACAAAAAAGGAGUCUGAACUAUGAAGGAAUGCGGGCUAGUUUUAGGAGUGAUGUUUUCCUUCUGAGUAAAUCAGAAAGCUCUCUAAUCCCUCCAUGAACUCUGCACCACGACCUUUUAAACUCAACCUCACAGCUGGCCGCCCAUUGGCACAACGCCUGACACAUUAAUAACAUUGUGACAAGGGAUCAAAUAGGUCAGAGGAUUAGUGCCCAUCUUGGAGGCCUAAUACGAACUGCCCUGGUGACUCUGGAUAUAACAAUCAUACGUUACAGCUUUAAAAGUACAGCAAACUGGUUCAAGUCACUGUAAAGCUGAUUUAGCUGAGCUUUGAGAUCUGAAGCAGUCUGUAGAAUAGAUACAGCAAAGCAAAAUGCAAAGAAAAGUCAAUACAUCUUUUUGUCUUUUUGUUUUAUGUUGGAUAAGAAGACUGACUGACUGUAGCUUCACCUGCUUGUAGACUUUGAAGGUAGAUAGAGCAGCUGGUUAGCUUAGAUAAGCAUAACAACUAGAAACGAGGGAAAACAGUUUGUCCUAAAAUGUAAAAUAAAAAGUCAUCUUGGUAUUUUAAGAGCUUAGUUUUGAUCACCUUAAAUCUUGUUUGUGAAGUCUGCACAGAAACCACAAUCUGAAAACACUUUGGUGGUUUAGAGGUUUCAUGUACCAGACUUCAGAGUGUGUGUUUUGUGAGAUUGUACAAAUCUUCCAGCUAAAGGGACUACUUUUUUGUUGUUUUUGCUUUUGUUUUUGCAUAUCAAAUGGUAGUAAUUCUCAGGGGUUCUCAACAGUGUUUUUUCUUUCGUUUUUGACCAAGACAAUCGAGCUGCUAAAAGUCUGAGCGCUAAGAUGACUGUUUCCAGGCUGUAAAAAUUGACUGUAAAAAUGAAGCCAAAAUAGAGACAUGACAGAUAUUGACAGAUUGUCCUAAUGACAUUCCCAAGAUGUACUACCAUGUACAUACCUAGCCUGCAUUCAGCUCAUAGAUAAUGUGGUAAGACGUCUUUAUUGUCAGUUCAGUCCACAGCAGGACAGAUUCUUGAGUUGGUUUGAUAAGUUCAGUAACUCCUGUGUUUUUGUUUAUGUUUUCAGUCUUCAUCCUUUCACUACUUUUUUUAAUCCAGGGAAGGAUUCUGCAGGAUCUGGAUUUGUCAACUGAGCCGUCAGUCAUGAUGUCAGAUCCACUCAAAUAUCUAAUCUGACUUCACUCUUGGUUAGCUGUCACAUUGUCAGUCUUUUCACUCAGUCUAUUACCUUCAGUAUCAUAGAUAGGAUACACAUGAGUCUACGAGUCACCAAAAGCUCAUCACUUUUUGUUGUUGUUGUUGUUUUCACAUUUAUGAAACACAGAACAUAUGCAAAUAUAGACAUAAAAAAUCUCAUGUUUGGCAUCUUAAUGGGAGAAUUGUGUUGUGAAAUCAGUUCAGUGUUGGGUAAUUCUUACUGAACAAAAAGAAACAAAGGUGAAUAAGAUAGAAAGACAAUGAGAAAAUAGGUGAAGAGAUAUAAAUGUUGUUUAUAGAGACCUCUGCCUCAGGCCCCUUUUCAGCUCUCUGACCCAAUUGAAACCCACAGUAGAGAGAGAGAGAGAGAGAGAGAGAGAGCGAGAGCUUUUUCAUGGAGAAUAUUCUGUUAUUGAGAAAAGGGGGAAAGGUGUGUGUGUGUGUGCCUGAAAAAUUGGCACUCCCCUGUUGUGAUUAUAAUCAUAUAGUAUGUAAAAUGUCUGUGGCUGGACUUGUUGAUGAUUUCGGUGUGCUCUGACCUAUUUUGCCGUCUCCCUUCCUGGCCGAGCGACCACAUUCCACGAUGUCAUGUGAUUGUCAGCUCAUAGCUUGCGUCCAUUGUCCGCAGUGUAAUGUAAUCUGCCAUUGUGCUGUGGCAGCCCUCCAGACGAAUGUGUCCAAACGGCACAGGAAGCAGCACCAUCACUACUACUACUACUAUACUACUACUACCAAAUUCUGCUGUAGCCAAUUUCCUUUUUGGAGCAGCUCUCUUGGAUUUCAGAGCUGCUCCAACACUAACAGGAUGGAGAGCCCAGAGACAUUUUCACCGGCUGAGCAGAGCCUUAGCAUCCAGCCAAACCCCCACUUUGAGGAAAGCUGAUAUGAAUAAUCCUCCGUGUUUACAGGCAUGCCUAUGACAUAAGGAUACAGGCUUGGACCACAGCUUGUGUGUUUAUGUGUGUGUGUGUGUGUGUGUGUGAGUCACAGAAAGAGCGCCAAGUCUGAUACUGAGCCUGUCCACGCCGCUUUGUGCGACAGUGUGACUUCUUGCCAAAAGGCAGCAGCUUUAAUUCACACUGUUAGCUCUAGCAACACCAAAGCAUAUGUUGAGAGGCGCAUAUUCUUGUUUAGGCAUUUCAUUUUUUCAUCCCUGACCCUUUAGGUCAAACAUGGAUGCUCUCAUAUCCAUCCCGAGGGACCGCAGAUUUUUAUUUAAAAACAGAAAAAUUCAAGAAGAUUGUUUUUAUUCCAUAACACUCAACAUAAACUCUUCAGAUUAUUUAUACAUAUAUUCGACAUUAACUCACCAGUAAACUCACAUUUGCUGGAAAUGUCAAGAAUAAGCUUGUGCAUAAGAAACAGAAACCUUGAUGAAACCCAGACAAAGAAAGAGACACUUAUCUGUGUAGAACUUGUAUUUUUUUGUGCUGUAGUGUCUAAAAAACAUGCUUACAUGCAGGAUAACACACACAACACUAUCUAAGAGUCAUUCUGACCUCUAUCCAGGCAAGUGGGGCUUAGCUACUGUAUUUUGUAGCUGGCAGAGUGUUUGCUGUGUGUUUUUGUGUUAGCUUCGGGGCUAAUCAGUCUGUUGUUGUGUUGUUGUGCUUUGUGAUGGAGGAACAGGCCUGACUGUAAUCCUUAUUCAUUCUGUGCCAGACAAAAAGACUGCCAAGCAAGCGGCAGCAGAUAUGCUCUCUCCCUCUCUCUCUCUUACUGUCUCUCUUUCUCUCUCUCUCUCUCUCGCUGUCCGUCUGCCCUCCUCAUCCCCUCUCUCAGUUUCUGCCUCGUUCUCCUCUUUUUACAGUAGACAGAGAUCAGGCCUGAUUACUGUGGCAUUAAUCUUUGGGAUUAGUCCAGUGAGACUUAAUGGCUGGUUUUAGCAGUGUAUUAGCUCAGUAAGUGAUACACUGUGAAAGCUUGUCUGUUCGGGGCCAAGUUCAGAUUCAGAACCAGGGACUGAUCAGCUGUUAUGGUCUGUAUUUACAUCACCAUAUUUACCACAAUAGGUUAACCUUUUCCCAGCAGAACUAGCACCCCUAGCCUUCAGUCCUACAUGCAGAUGCUGGAUACACAUUUAUCAGCACACAGCCUAUAUACAACUUUAUCUCUAUUUUUUCAGAUCAAAAUGAGACACACCAUAUGAUGCCAUCUGUCCUGUACACUUAUUUAUAUCCAGGUAGUAGACCAUUAUAGCAAGUGGCAGAUGGCAGCACUACAGCGUAGAUGCAAUCUAUAAUCAGCAUUUCUAGCAGAUAUACGGAUUUGUUGUGUAGGAGAUGUUUAAACAUUCAGCAAAAUGAUGAAACUAAAGCCUUUAAUUAGCAAUUAAAUACAGUGAGGCUUAGACAAACUAGCUGAUAGGUAAUUCACAGUUAACUGUGACCUUCUUUGGAAUAUUUUCCUGCCCAAUAGGACCUUAAUUUACAAAGUAAAUGUCAUGGUUGUUGACUGUAGACCAUAGACUCUAUAAAACAUGGAUGUAGCCUCAGUGUGGUCACCUUGGGUUUCUGAAGAGGUGUUAUAAGGCUAAACAAUGGAGGUCAUCAUAUUGGAAAUGCUGGUUUAACCAAGAGGCAGAGUUAAGGCAGGUCUAUAGUCACCUAGCAAACGACAACAACACCAACGACCGUGGACCAAGUCAACCACAUCCAUAAAUAUGCAAAACAGACAAUUUAGAGAAAUUCACUUUACAGAAAAAACAGGUCUUUGGCAAGAGGUGAUGUUUUUGCUUUUAAGUUGGGCAUUUUAACAUGGACAUAAAUGGGGUCGCCUAGGUUUUGAUCAUAAAAAAGAGUCAACUAUAUUCAGGCAAGAAUCCUACCAUUAUUUAUUUAUUAUUAUUAUUAUUAUUAUUAUUAGUAGUAGUAGUAGUAGUAGUAGUAGUAGUAGUAUUAUCCACAGAGCCAAAGAUAUGAAACAAUCAUUCAUUCAUUCAUUCAUCAACUGGUUAUUAGGAAAUAGGAGAGCAUUGUGUGGACAUAAGGUAAAACUUGUGCAACAUAGUUAUUGUAGAUCCUGCCUGCUAUGCACGAAACACCAUCAAGACAAUAAGUGGAUGACUUCAAGUGGGGAUGAUUUGUGAACUGCUGUUUCCAGGAUUAAGAAUAAACUGCCAAACAUGACAGUCUAUGAUUGAGUCUGUUUGUUUGCCAGAGUAUGACUGGCAUUGAUUUGAAGGUUAGGACUUUAUUUAACAAGCCUCUGUAAGGUAUGAGAGGAAUAGAAAUGAGAAUGGACUCUAAAUAGACUCGACACCACACUGACAGAGCUGGUCCUCGGCUUAACACAUUCAUCUGGCGGACAGCAACAGAAUUAAAGGCUGCAUCCUCCACCACCCCCUUUCUUUUUUUUGAUUCACUCGCCUCUGCCCCUGUCUCCCUUCCUCUCCUCCUACUUAACCUCCCUCUACUCGUCUUAGCGUGCCCAUUCAUCUUCUGGCUCCUGCAGCACGGCUGAGUUAAUCAGCUGUGAACAGUAAUGGAGGGCAGAAAUCUCAUUCACACAGCAAGAAUGAAAAUAUGCAAACACAAGGUGGAAACCGUAUUUCAAAUCCCACAAACUGCAGCAGUUUCCCGUGACCUCAUCAAAUGAUAUUGACUUUUAAAUAGUCAAGCAAUGGCACAGGUUCAAUGAGAUUCACACACACACUCUGCACAGGUGAGAAAUCACACGUCUGUCUUUAGCUUUUGUUACUCUCAGCCCGUCUGGAUUCCCUGCAGCUUCCCCUGCCUGUAUAGAUUGAGUUGGAGGGCUUUACAGGCUGUUUGAUGUGCUUAGGUGAAUGGGUGUGCACACGUGUGUGAAGCCAUGAAGGUUUAUUUGUUCAGCUUGUCAUUUUUCAGCCCUCUGUCCUCUCUGUGCAGCUGCGCCUCCUCUGAUUGGUCGUCAGCACAGAGAUGUACAAUGCGGCGUCGCUCUGGGAGACAGUGAAUUGCUAAUUACUUGAAUUAAUGACAGGCAAACAAUAAAAUAAUGCCUCUUUCUGCAGACUUGUCAUGAAUUUAUUCUGUUUUUGUCUCUUUGUUGGAAAGAUUUAUGCUUAAAAUGAGCCUGCAGGCUAUGGGGGGAAAAAAUGACUCUAAUUUGCGAUGAUGGGCCUGGAAUGCUCCAGCUUUUAUUGUUGUGAGUCAGUGUGUGUGUGUGCGUGUAAGUGUAUGCAUCCCCCUGCCAAAGUGAACUUCCAGACUUGUCAUCUCAUAUUACUUCAGUGAGGCUUUGAAGGCUUGUCAUAAUGAGGCAAAACUCCAAGAAAAUCAAACAUCCUUGAACAACACAAAGAAUGAUCUGUGUGCACAGAGCGUAAAAUCCAGAGGAGUGUCUUCAGCGAAAAAGGGAGUGAAAAAAGAUGAUUUUUGUCUGGCACAGUCAAGUUUAUAUCUGUGAUUUGGCCAUGAAUGUUUCUCCCAUAAAUCAGCAACUUUAGAUAAAAAACACUCUUGCGCAUUGCAGUAAAUGUAAGUACAGAAAGUUUUGGUCCUUUUUUCCAUAUUUAAAAGAUAUCUGUUAUGACCAAAUAUGACAUAUCUGUUCCCUGCUACUUAAUUCAGUGUUUAUAUGUAAAAGGAGGCAUUGCAAACCAAACUGAGAGCUUUAAGACUCAUUUGCAUUAGUAAAUUGUUCUUUUGAUGCUACAUUGGUCUCCCUCCUCUCCUCUGAGCAUUUUACUACAUUUCAGCUCAUUAUAUUCUUGCAUUCAUGCAUUCAAUGUGUCCCAAAAUGCUGCAAGCAGCUGUUUUCAGCAAUAAAGCUCUGAUAAUCCUGAUAUAUCACACCCACUGUUGCAACAAACAGCAGGCAGACAGAAAAAUAUCUGAUUAAAUAUACAUCAUGUAAUCUUGAGGGUCAUAUCUCUUCUCUUCAGGAUGACAACUGGGGAGAAACCACCACUGCGGUGACUGGUACUUCAGAGCUGAGUAUUUCCCAAGAGGAAGUAGUUGGACUAGGGAAAGAAAUUCAAGACCGGACCCAAGGCUUCCGCCGUUAUCUCCCCCUGGCUGUGGGCUCAUGUGUGGGGCUGCUGGUGGUGGCCACGCCCCUCGUCUUCCUGCUCCUCCCGGCGGUCAUGUGGCCUGACAGACUGCAGACCUGUGGUGCCGCCUGCGAGGGCCUCUUCCUCUCCAUCUCCUUCAAACUCCUCAUCCUCCUGGUAGCCAUUUGGGCUUUGUUUCUCCGACAGGGCCGUGCCAGCCUGCCCCGAGUGUGUGUGUACCGUGCCUUCCUCACCACGCUCACACUUCUGCUCACCAUGUCUUAUUGGCUCUUCUAUGGCGUCAGGAUUCUUGAUGCUCAGGUGGGUAUGAAAGUGUUUGUUUUGACACUUUCUCACUGUGCUCAUUUUGACCAGAUAUGACCAUAGAUUAAAGUCUUUAAAAAUCAUGUUUAUUAUUUGACCUUAAAGGACUUUUAAGUAUUUUAAGAAUUAUUUAAAACAGAAAUUAGGUAGUUUAAAGUUUGCUGUGUGCUUUUUUUUUUCACAUCAUUUUUGAAAGCUGUAGAAAUACAUGUUCUGCAGUGAUGUUGAGAUUUCCUUUUUUUUCAUGGAAUAAUUCUUGGCUUUUUUCCUCAAAAAUGAAUAUUACUGUUAUUGUUACUGUUAUUAGGAAAAAAACAAACACACACAGUUAAGUCCUUUACUGUUCUGUGUCAUUUUUAAGAGAUUUUGUGGUUUAAAAUGGAUUUUUAUGGAUAGCAAUGAUUUAACAUGAAACUUUGACAGCUUUUAAAGGUGCAUUUUUUGUAUUUUAAUGCAGAAUUUAAUAAUCUUCAAGAAGUAUUAAUAAUUGGCAAGGCAAGUUUAUUUGUAUAGCACCAUUCAUACACAAGGCAAUUCAAAGUGCUUUACAGAUGCAAGAAAAUACAUAAGAAAUUUUAAAAAAGAGAAAUUAAAACAAUUUAAAAUCAAAAAGACAUAAAACGAUUUAAAAUCAGAAAGACAUCUUAGAAUCAAUAAAAUAUUAAAAUAUAAUUUUAAAUCAUCAAAACAGUUGAGAUUGACAGAACAGCUAUAGGAAAGCUGCAGUAAACAGUAAUGUUUUCAGCCUUGAUUUAAAUUAUAAUUGAUGGUAUUUUACUGUGUUACUUCUUUUUAAUUUGAUUAUAUUUCAUGUUAUCUGUAUUCUACUUAUUUGUUUUGUCUUAUAUUCUGCUGAAUAAUAAAGUCGAGGUUUUCACCAAACAGAAGUCAAAGUUUUUUUCAUUGAAUCUGUGAUUUUUUUUUUCAUUGCAGGAUGAGGACUACCACGGUAUCGUCCAGUUUGCAGUUUCCCUUGUGGACUCCCAGCUGUUCGUCCACUACCUGGCAGUGGUGUUACUUGAGCUCCGUCACCUCCAGCCCUGUUACAGCGUGUGUGUGAUGCGCUCCACUGACGGCGAGACACGUCACUACAACAUAGGACAGCUCAGGUACAAACAUACAGUCAUUAUUAGGAUUUCAGUAUUAGGACAGACAGCACCUUACACACAGUAAAUACAAAAAAGAGGACUGAAACAAUUCCUGUGACAGUUUCACAACCUUUCUAAACACUUCACACUUAGACACACUCUGGCUCCUGAUCACAGUCGUUACACUCUAUCAUGUUGAAGUGUGUGUAAUUGGAGGCCGUGUCCACAGGGGAGAGUGGCACAGUAAUUGAGUUACUCAGCAGCUUCUUCUUCUUCUUCUUCCGUUUGCUCAAGGCAAUCUAUUUUUUUCUUAGUUUCUGUGAGAGGUUGCUUGACCUUUGUGUGUGUUACUUUGUUUCCUCUCUGAUCAAGUUUCUAAUGAGAACGGGAAUAAUUAUAAGAGUAGUGGUGGUAGUCGUGGUGAAGAAUGAAUGCAGUUUAUCUUCUGAUUUUAAAGAAUUUGAUGAGAUGAUUUAACUGAAAGUUUGAUUGCACCCAGUUCUGUGUCUUAUUUAAAUCAGCUGAAAUGCAAAUAUCUUUCCUGUUGUGCCUGAAAUAUCUCUCAUCAUCUCUUACAGCAUUCAAAAGGCGGCUCUUUCCAUUUUGGAGUACUACUACAGAGAUUUUCCACUCCAUAACCCAGCACUUCUCUCUGCCUCGAAGCACCGAGCUGCCAAACACCUGGCCGGGUUAAAGGUCUACAACGUAGACGGUGAGUCUCCUACAGCUGUCUGGAAAAAUAACCCCUUAUUUUAAAUCACAGCCACAUCUCAGUCCUCCCUCUUGGGCGCACCACUUGGCCUUAGCCCUCUGUUUUGAGCUCUCCCAGAGAGGGUGGUGAGUCCUUCUUUAUCUGAGGACUAAUGCAGAGAUGGCGUCAGGAAUAAGGCAGGUUAGAAUAACUUUUCAUAAUUAAUGUUUUGUGGGUGAUAAAACUGUCAGGUCUUCGAUUUUAUUUUCUGGAUUAGUUGAGAAACACAUUUAUACAUAAAAUUCCAAUCUUAAAAGAUUUCAUAUGCAUCUUUAUAUCUUCUCUCUUUGCUUCCUUGUUGUGAUUUUUCUUCUCCUCAUUUCUGUCUCUUGCUUUGAGCAGCUUUUAAAAACAAACUGAGAACCUAUCUUUUGGAUAGUAAGUACAGAUAAAAGUCCUCUGCAUCCGUCCACGCAGCACUUUGUCACAGGAAGCAGCUAAUUUCACGGCUCAGCUCACUCCAUCUUUAGUGCACUCUGUAACCUCCAUGCCUGACAUAAUGUAUGUACGCACUCCUGCUACACACGCACGCACGCUCCAACUGUGGUGCUACUGUGCACUUGAUUUAUCCUCCCCCUGCUCCCACUGACACACACAGACAGAAACCCCGGAGUGUCACAUAUAACUCUCUCUCUAAAAAGGCCGCUCACUCACCACUCAUUGAUCCUAAAUCUGUUGCAUGACAUUGUGGGUUUCAUGAUCUAUUGCAGGGAUGCAGUAUGGGAUAUGGUGUCCUUGCAGCACCUUCCAUCCACCCCACCCCCCUCUGCUAUCAAAGAGCAACGGAAAGGCCUCCAGAGGGUGGUGGAAUUUCAAGCCUUAAAUAAUUCAUCAGAGUAACGCUCAUUCCUCACACACUCCCACGUUUCUCCUUUCUCUCGCUCAGCCUGACUCCAGCUCAGCUCGCUCUAGCUCUCUUUCUUUUUUUUUUUCCAUUUUUGUUUCAUUUUUCACUCGCCCCUCUCUCAGUCAAAGUCACUUGCGCUUAUCAGACAGUGUGAAUAUACAGGCCAGGGUGUUAAACAGGCUUGUGUUUGUUCGUAUUUUCAAAGGAAAAUAUUUACAAAGCUCCUCGUGCAAAUAAUAUGACAUUAUUAUUCUCUCCACAGUACACAGAAGGGUGCUUCAAUCCAUGUUACUAAAUUCAGUCUCUUCCCCACCUGUGCAUGUUUGCAUACUCACACCCACAUGCAGAAUAGAUCAUUAAUGAUUUAUUCUUACCUGACCUGCAGCGUUUACUCUUUAUAUCCUCCCCUUAAACUACUGUUCUUCAUGAAUAUGGACCAGAUCUGACUCCCUCACAUUAAUAAAUCCAAAUAACUCGAAUUUACUGCUCCACAAGCUCCAUUAGCUUUAUGGGUGUCUCACAUAAACCAGCAAGUUCACUCAUCAGACAGGAACUCUGGCCUUUGAAGUGCAAAACGAUGAAUAUUUAACCCACACCCCAACAAUAAAGAAGGUUUCUGCAUCUGAAAGUCGGUGCAGAGAUGGAGAUACUUCCAGAGGAAUUUGCCUCUUUUCUCAGUGUUAUAAUUAAAAAUCUCAUUGAAUGAGGGAUGUCAUCAGGAUGCCCCAGAUUCUCUCAAAUCUCUAUAAACGGAAGUGUGUUAUAAACUACAGACUGAAUAGCUGUGUUACAGUUGUUUCUCACCUCCUGUGAUGUUAAACCUGACCUUUCCUGUCCGUGAUUCUAGUUGUGAUACAGUUCAUUAAUCAGAGUCUGCUGGGAUCUCCCCCCACCGUGUCACACAGUGUGAUAUAACCAGUUUGCCUCUGUCCUUUCUUUGCGGUACAGCCCCAGGGAGCACAGCAGGAGCACAGCCCAGUAAUGGGAAUCAGUCACGGGCCAUGGUUACAGCUGCCGGAAAACGCAAAGACAGUGCCCACAAUGAGCUGUACUAUGAAGAGGCAGACUACGAGAGGAGGGUCCGGAAACGCAGAGCCAGGUAAAGGACGGUGACAGUGGGGUGGUGGGAAAUCUUGGUGAUUUAGAGAGUCUCUCUUGCAUCACCGACAUGCAUGUACUAUAUGUAAAUGUGAUGGCACUUGUGCAUAUCUUGUUUUGCCACAAUUGUCAAAAUUUUCAAGCAAGGUACAGAAACAGAUUCUUCAUGCAGUGAUUGUUCUCAUUCAUAAUGUCCAUUUGAGAACCAUUUACAAUACACUUCAUCGUGAAUAAGGGUGGACAGACUCCACACUCCUUAGCCCGCACACUGAUUUGUUGAACAGUUCGUCUGACAAAAGUAUGUUGUAUAAUCUCAUUGCAGCCCGUAUCAGGUGGAUGUCUUUAAAGGAAAAGCAUCUCUAGUCACUCUUUUGAUAGCAUGUAGGGUAUUUGAUGCUGCAGUAUGUUUGCGAACAGUUAGCUUAUCGCUGUGUUCUCAGGCUGGUGGUGGCUGUGGAGGAGGCCUUCACUCACGUCCGGAGGAUGAAGAAAGAAGACGAACGUGCUUCACCGUCUGACAUCAUGGACGUACGUGAAGCGGCUCUGGCUAUCUUUCCCUCCAUGGCGCGUGCCCUGCAGAAAUACCUCCGCACCACCAGGAGGCAGCACUGCCACAGCAUGGAGAGCAUUCAGAAGCAUCUUGCUUUCUGCCUCAUCAAUAACAUGAGUCCUAAGGUGAGUUUGGACAACAGAUUUAAGACCCAAUUAGGAAAUAAAGUAUGAAAAUGAUGCACAAAUAGAGGUGCUCAGUAGAUCCACACUGUUUGAUCUUUCCACUUUACUUAAAGGGAUAUUCCGGGGUAAAAUUAAUUUAGAGUCAAACACACCGUAACACUAAGUUAGACGCCCCCUCGAGAGAUGAUUGUUGCCGACCGCCUGCUUCUCUAGUUAUACCAACUUUAGUAACAGCUGCAGAUAACAAUACACAGCGGUCUGAGGAGCCACACACAAACCUCAACUGAAACACCACUCUAUAGCCACAAAUAAUGCCUUAUUUGUGGCGUUUUGGUUGAGGUUUGUUUAUGGCUCCUCAGACUGCUGUGUAUUGCUAUCUUGUAGUCAUUAAUAAAUUUGGUAUAACUAGAGAAGUAAGCGGUUGGCAACAUUCUCCUGAGGGGGUGUCUAACUCGGUGUUACAGUGUGUUUGACCCUAAAUUAAUUUUACCCCAGAAUAUCCCUCUAAGAUUUAUGCUUUUUCUUUGCGUGCAGUCUUUGUGGUAUCACUGGUUGUUUUUGUGUGUCCAGGCUUUUCUCGAGGCGUACCUGGCCCCUGGUCCCACCCUGCAGUACGGCCCUGAGCGCUGGAUGGCUGACCAGUGGACUUUGGUCAGCGAGGCUUCUGUCACCAGCGGCAUCAAGGACGGAUCAGAGUUCCUGCUGAAAUGUCUUGACUUUAGCUUAGCUGUGACCAUCAAGAGGAUCCCUUACAUCCGUAUAACUGAAGAGUACAUCGACCCCAAGUCUCACAAGUUUAUACUGCUGCUCCAAUCAGAAACCUCCGUUUAACCAGAGCUGAAGAUCUGGGCUUCAAGGACUGUUACAGCUUACCAGUAGGUUUUUCAAAAAAGAACUUUUUGUACCAUUUUUGUACUUAAGUUUAUGUAAUUUUUUUACAUUUAGGAUCUCUGUGUCAUUGUCUUUGCUCGGGUCACAUGAAAGUUGAUAAAAAAGACAGAAAACUGGAAGGAAUAUGCUCAGAUUUCUCUAUCCUGACGUUUGCAGAACACUGUUCAGGUUUUCCUCUCCGUACGUCAGAUCACACUCCCUAACUUCUUCCUAAUUUUUGCAUGUGCCAGUGUGUGCCUGCGUGGCAGAGUUCAUGACUUAGGAGGAGAGUGCGAUUUAAGUGUGCAUUAGGGUGUGAUUGGAGUGUACACCAAGGAUCUAUCUCAGUCUGUCUCUUGUUUCUCCUGAAUGGUCAAAAAACUGGAAAUUUGAUACAACCUUUCAACAAAACUACUCUUUUUUAAUCUUUGCAACAUUUCUUUAACUGUCUUGUAUCAAAGAUGUUUGUACAGUAUUUAUAUGUGAAUAUACCGUAUCCCUCAAGACUUUUUUGUUUUUAUAAAUUUUUUUGUUUGUUUGUUUUUAUUUGCUUCUCAGAGAUUUUCUUUUUUCUAUCAUGUCUGUUUGGGCUGUAUUUGUGGAGAAAAAUGGACUGUAAAUAGGAGAGGAUGUUUGUAAAUGUCAGAAAAAUCACUGGAAUCUCUCGGGCUGGAUGCUUAUUACAGUGCAGCUGAGUGUGUAAGAAACCAAUAUGAAACCAAACAAGCACAUCAUUAUGUACACACUUGGAAAACCCGGUGUUUGCAGUGGUGACUGGGGCUGUCACAGAAACACCUCAGGUUGUUGCAGGACUUUCUUAUUCUUUUAGUCUUGUAUUGAAACCACUCUUUUGCCAAUCAGUGAAAAAAAACUCAAAGAUACAUGAAGGAUCAUCCACUUUAGCGAAGAUUUAAACAUGUUUUAUAAAACCUAAACCUCUAGUUUACAUUAAUUAUCACUUUCCUCGUGUCGGUUCUGCUCAAAAUGAAUAAUUUACAGUACAUUAGCUCAGCUCUAUUUCAGUGUUUCUGCUGUCAGCAUUCAGUCCCAGCAUCUCACCACUGCCCUCUAUCUGCAGCUACUGGAACAACAACACUACCCUGAGCUACAGUCAAACUGUUUAUUUGUAUGAGUAUUUGAUCUGUUUUAUGAAAAAAAAAGUCUUUGUAUUUAUGAUGCCUGUCAUGUUGUAAAUUUAUAUUCACAAAACUGUUGCUAUGGUAACUUUUAAUGGUGUAGUUCUGUUUAGAUUUUUAGAGAGCCGAUGGUUGUAAAUAGUUCAAGACUACACAUGUGCCUCGAUUACACAUAUCUAGAAUACAUGUGCAGUUUUCAAGUGUGUGUGUGUGUGUGUGUGUGUGUGUGUGUGUGUGUGUGUGUGUGUGUGUGUGUGUGUGUGUGUGUGUGUGUGUGUGUGUGAAUGAGUGAUAAGGAAAAAAAAAAGAGGGAAAAUACUGAAUAAAAGAGAUUGCUUCCCUGCCUGUCAUGUAGCUGACUAGUCAUGUUUCCCAAGCUGUCCUCGUCAUUUUUAUACGCUGAAACAUGUCAAAGCAACGCAUCCGUGUCAAAGUCUCAUUUGUUACAAUUAAAAGUUUGUAUUGACACUUUUAA